AUGACACCUUACUACGAUACAGAUUUCAACCUUUUACGCUGGCUACAGGGUCAUGACUACAAACUUGAUAUCAUUGUACCCAAGUUGCGAAACCAUCUAUUGUUUAGGAGAUCGGCUUGGGACCUAGAUAAUUACGCUAAAAAAAAAAGAGACCAUCCAAUUCAUGCUCACUGGAAGAGCGGUCUUACUGGACGGGCAGUUUUGACACCGAAUGCUGUAGUAAACAUUGAACAAACUGGAUCCAACGAUUAUACAGGACUACUUCGAAGUUAUACGGGUUUGGAAAUUCUGAAAGCUCGUUUAUACGAUCUAGAACUUAUGUUAAAAGCUGUAAUGGAUUUGGAAGCAGAAACUGGUGAACAAGCUUCAAUUUUGUAUGUUAUGGAUUUGGAAAAUCUAAAAUUUGACAAGAACUUGUUGGGUUUGAUAACUGGGCCGUUGUCAUCGGUAGCGACAAUAAUGAGUGAGCAUUACGUCGAACUGAUACAUACAUUCGUUCUUGUCCAUGUGCCAACUUUUAUUUCAACUUUAUGGGCAUUGGCAAGGCCAUUGUUACCGGAAAAAACUCGAAAUAAAGUAAAAAUAUUUGGUUCAAAUUGGCGUGAAGAAGUUGUAAAAAUUGCUGUACCUGAAACGUUACCAACAUUUUGGAAUGAACCAGGCGAAGAUGUUAGUAAAAAAGCUAAUUAUACACUUAGUGACCACAUACAGUUAUCUCUACUUUUUUUUUUAGUAAGUCGGAGUAAAAAUUGGUGUAAUUAUUUGUUUUUUUUUUGUUUUUUGAAGCUUUUCAAAGCACCAGUAGAACGGGCUGUACCGUAUGAUCCAGCUAACUAUAUUGACAAAACGGCAAUUUUGGAAAAUAUGGAAGUUACAGCAGUUCCACCUGGAAAAACUUUGCUGAUACCUGGUUACGGAACAAAAGGUCAAGUAAUGCAUUGGAAAGUUGAUGCUGACGGCAACUUUGGACUUUGUCUUUAUUUUACUGAAGAUGAAAACGAAACGGACCUUGACAAAAUGAGACCUAAAAUACCUGGACCGACAGUUGUUCCAAUAGAGGAUACAGUUAUCUGUGACAGUACCGGAUUCUAUAAGCUAUGGUUUAGCAAUGCUCAUGCUUGGUUUCAUACACUAAAGUUGCAUUACAGUCAAGUAUUUCAAGAUGCUCCCGCAAAUUAG